AUGGCUGAAUAUCGAAAGAUUAUUCUAUUGCUAAUAGCUUUCCUUUACACUGUCUCAUCUUCCAUCUUUUUACAAGAGAGUCAAGACCGUCAUGGUUCUUUGGAUUUUUCUUUUAACGAAGAAGACGAUUUGACAGACGUCGUCAAUGAAGUUUUGAAGGGAUCAAGAAUGAAGCGAGAUGCAUUCCCCUCGACAAACGCCACACCAUUACAGCCUCCCAGCGUUGCAAAUCCUGGCCGAAACAAUGAUGUUAUAUCAGAGUCUGUACUCACCAAUGAUCCGGGCUUUCGUGGGACUAUUGCCUAUCUUGGACGUAAUAGCAAGGUCGUAAUGCUAUUAACUCGGAGAUUGAACCGCACCGUGAUAACGAGUAGUAUACUUUAUCGAUCCGUUGAUGAUGGCAGAACCUUUCAGAAAGUUUCACUGGCUACUGGAGCUAAACCAAGCUUCAUAUCUGUAUCUACCAUUGACAGAAAUAGGGUCUUAAUUGCUGAUGGCAGCACUCGAAAAAGGUUAUAUUAUUCAUCUGAUGGUGGCCAUAGCUUUACUACAGUGUCAAUUUCAUUUACCCCCACAACUAUCCUAUGGAAUCCCUCUAUGCCUAGCUAUGUAAUUGCAUACGCUAGCGCCACAAACAGCGUAAGAGAAUUAUAA